CGGGACGUUUAGCGAGUGAAGAAGAUGUUUAACUUUAUGAAGAAGGCCGCGGAGAAGGACGAUAAGGAGAAGCGGAAGCGCGAAAAGAAGGAACGGAAGGAUGUCAAGAAGCGCGAUCGCAGCAGCAUGUCCGCGGAGGAGCUUCUGCGAUUGGACGAGGUCCGUAGAUCACUGAAAAUUCCCGGCCGUCGGAAGGAGAAGGAAAAAUUACCGAGUGGCAUCACCGCGGAUUACAGCGCGUCGUUUUUCGCACAUCUGGACCGCGAUCUUCUAGAUGCCUCGCAGAACGUAGGUCCAGGUGCGACGUUUAGUGCCGGUGCCAGCAGUUGGGCCACCAGAACACCCGACGGUUUGAUGCAGAGUGACUCGUCGGAGGCGUCUCUCACCUCUCUGACGACGACCACGACUACAUCGUCGACGACGACGAGUCACGCCGGCGGUCAAGCCGGCGGCAAAUGCCUACCGCCGUUACCGCCGAAACCGCCCAAGCGAGGAAUCCUCAAAGGGCCCAGAUUGACUGUCAACAACUGCACCACGAACGUUCUUUCGGAAGAGAACACGUUGCAGAAUGGUACCGAAACUAGUUACCAGGAAGCCAGUAAUCUACUGGUGAGAAACACUCUUCAGAACGAGGUGAUUACUUAUCAAAACGUACCGGCGCAUCUCAACAGCGUUCUGAACAAGGACGACUGCAGUGAAGAGGAAACGAUGUGUCAAACCGCGUGGCACAUCGUGCAACAACAAACGAUUCAGCAACAAUACCAGCAACAACAGCAGCAACAUCAAAUCGACGCCAAGUUGCUUCAGGUUGUCACCAGUGCUAGUCCAUCCGCGGAUUCCUUGACCGACACGACAAACUCGAGUUUCGCAACGCCACCGUUCAGCCUAUCGCCCGUUGGUGAGUCCCAGGGUUUCUCGAGGUGGCGGUCGUCGGUCUCCUUCGAAGAACAGGGAAUCGAACUGCAACUGCCAGAGAUCGUGCCGCUCGAGUUACCUGAGCCUAGGGAACUCACCAUCCAGAGGCAACCUCCACCGCGAAAUGAUUUUGGCUUCUCGCUCCGUCGCGCUGUGAUCGUCGAGCGAAUGGCAAACGGCGUCACGCAGAUGCGACCAGUGAUUUUCGCCGAACCUGGUGCUCUGGUGCAGCACAACAAUGACACGGGUCUAUUGCCCGGUGACAGACUGAUCGAGGUCAAUGGGAUCAACGUGGAUGACAAGUCGCGUGAGGAGAUCAUCGAUCUCAUCAAGAGCUCUGCCAGCAGUGUCACCGUAAAGGUGCAGCCAGUCGCCGAGCUAUCGGAAUUAUCGAGACGCGGUUGUGACGGACGUCAAGUUGAAUUGGCACCUGCAAAUAUCCGCAGCGGCACGCUUCGCCGGUCCGGCAGUUUGCGGUUUCAUCAAAAUAUAGCGCGAUCGGAAGAACAUUUGGCGCAAGAACAAGCAUGGUUAACUUCCGAAAAAGUUUGGUUAUUGCAUCGCGGUGGUUUCACUCCGGCCUCGAAAUGCGAUCCCGCCGAUCCCGACACAGGGAAACUGAGGAUCCGAUUGACCAUCUCCGGAGAGGAAUUGCUCGUGGACGAAGAAGACGUAGAGAAGGCCAAUCCACCUCAGUUCGACAAAGCUGAGGAACUCUCGCAAUUGCGAUUUUUGAAUGAAUCAUCCGUUCUCCACACGCUGCGACAACGUUACGCCAGUAACUUGAUACACACGUAUGCAGGAGACAGCAUGAUCGUUAUCAAUCCAGUCGCGCCUUUGGCGAUUUAUUCUGAAAAGGUCGCGCAUAUGUUCCGAGGUUGCAAAAGCGAAGACAUGCCGCCGCAUAUUUAUGCUAUAGCGCAGUCAGCCUAUAGAGGAAUGCUGGCAACACGCAGGGACCAUUCUCUAGUUUUCCUCGGCCGUAGUGGAGCGGGGAAAACGACGAAUUUUAAACACGCCCUUCAUUAUCUUGUGCUGGCCGCUGGUACGGUUAACAAGAUAUUAACAAUCGAAAAGCUAAAUGCACUAUUUACGGUUCUCGAGGCUUUCGGAAAUAGUAGAACGCAUAUGAAUUCAAACGCGACGCGUUUCACGCAGCUCUUCAGUCUCGACUUCGAUCAGUCGGGUCAAAUCGCAUCGGCUUCUCUACAAAUACUGCUGCUGGAGAAGUCAAGGAUAGGCCGACGAGCAAACGGGGAUCCGACGUUUCACGCUGUUUACCGUUUAUUAGCAGGCGCGGAGGGUGCACUGAGAAAAGAGUUACACCUCACGAAUCUAGUCGCCGAAAACAACCCCUUCGUCACGCCCUUGCAGAAGCACGAGGACAAACAGCGUGCUAUGGUCGAGUUUAAUCGUAUCGUUGCCGCGUUAAGAAUACUCGGCAUCUCCGAGGCUGACGAGAAAGUCAUUUGGCUGGUGCUGGCUGGCAUUUAUCAUUUGAGUUGUGCUGGCGCCGUGAAAGCUGGCACCAGUUCGCAGAGCAGGUGGCAGUUCGCGAGGGUCGAAUGCGCGGAGAAAGCCGCCAAUCUACUCGGUGCUACAGUGGAGGAACUGAGUCGAGUAGUGUUCUCGAAUAAUGGAGGAGGUGCCGGAACACCGAGCACCCCGAGACCAGCUCUGAGGACACCCAGCCCAACGGAACAGGGCAAGGAUGUCACGGGACUUGAUGCUUUGGAAGGACUUCUAGUCGGACUCUAUUCCGAAGUUUUCCACUGCGUCGCAGCUCUUAUCAACAAAUCCAUAUCAUCCGCUGUACAUACGGUAUCAUCUCUGCUGCUGUGUGAUUCGCCAGGUUUUCAAAAUCCUGCUUCGUGCGGUCGACAAACUGGUGCAACUUUCGAAGAUCUUUGCCACAAUUAUCUGCAGGAACGUCUGCAAUUACUGUUUCAUCAUACUACGUUGGUAGCUCCAAAAGAUAGAUACGUCCAGGAAGGUAUCGACGUAGAUUACGAAGACGAAUAUGAUGAGGAAGGCAUUGGGUCGCCUCAAGGUUUGGUUUCCCUCCUGGAUCGCGGGAGCUCGCAAAGCGCGACAAUGUUGCGAACUAGUCAAAGCGAUCUUAGCGGCGGCAGACAAAUGGAACGAAAAGGAUUACUCUGGCUGCUGGAUGAGGAGACUGUAUGUCCCGGAGGCAGCGACGAAACUUUUCUGGAUCGUUUAUUUUCUCAUUAUGGAGAUCGAGAUCACCAAAUGCUUCUGCGAAAAGCGCCUGGUAACAAUCAGUUCGUUUUACAACACCUGUUGGGAACAAAUCCUGUGCUUUAUACUGCCACCGGUUGGCUUAAAGCUACACGCGAGAAUCCCGUCGCCAAGAGUGCCAUUACGAUACUUCAAGAAAGUACAAGAGAACACGUGAGCAUGUUGUUCGUAAGUGCUCGGGGUGCUGGAGUUUCCGGUGCUCUAUGCAGCUCCAUGCCAGGACUUGAGGGCACGCAAUCGUUGAGGCGAGCCUCGAGCAUACGAAGAACAUUCACGGCCGUAAAAAGAAAGAAUAUUUGUCUACAAGUAAAAUUCACCGUAGAUGGUCUCGUAGAAACACUGCGGAGAACACGCGUGAAAUUUAUACACUGCCUUCUGCCUCAACACAACGCCGGUUGUACCGACAAUAAGAGUCUUCUCUCCGUGAAAUCGAAUCAGAGCGAGGACAGCGUCAUUAAUGUGCCUCUUCUGCGAUCACAGAUUCGCGGGAGCCAGAUAAUCGACGCUAUCCGCUUACACAAGGUUGGAUUUCCGAAGCAUAUGGCCUUAGGUGAAUUUAGACGUCGAUUCGGACUAUUGUCAAACGACGUGAACGCACGGCCCGGAAGUCCCGUGACCGAUGAACGCCGCGCCGUGGAAGACAUGCUGCUCACCGUUGACGUCGACCCCGCGUCCUAUCGAGUCGGUCAAAGUCAGAUAUUCUUCAGAUCUGGUACCCUGGAACGGUUAGAAGCUCAGAGGGACGAAAAGCUGACAGGUCACAUCAUUCUGCUGCAGGCGAGAUGCAGAGGCUAUUUAGCGCGACGCAAACUCAAUACUUUGAAACUGCAAGAUCUUGCAGUGCGAUGCAUCCAAAGGAACGUGAGGAAGCUAAUGUCCGUGCGAGAAUGGCCUUGGUGGAGAUUGUACGUGAAAGUCGCGCCCUUGUUGAACGUCCAUCGGACCGAAGAUCAGCUAAAGGCUCGUACGGAAGAGCUCGAGCUUCUCAGGGCAAAAGUGGAACGCUUAGAGCAGGAACGCAAUCACCUGAAACAUGACAAUGACAAGUUGGAGGCAAAGCUGAGCGAGAUGACUGCGGACUUCGCGGAGGAGCAUUCUACAUCGACGUUGGCGGCGGAAAGGAUUGAUGCUGAGACUUCGGAACGAUUGCGACUCGAGCGUGAAUUGCAAGAUGUAACUGAAGCUAACAAAAGUCUUCAACAGACCACCGAACGAUUGGAGAUGGAACUGCUCUACGCGAGGGCUGCCGAUUUGAACGGGGUCGCUUCCGAUGGUGAGGAAGGCGAGGAUGGUGGUGUUUAUAGACAACGAUACGAGCACGCUAUUCGGGAACUCGAAUUCACAAAGAGGAAAAUGGCGCAACAGCACGAGGAUGAUCUGGAGCAGCUGGUCGGAUUGAAGAAACAAUUAGAAAAGAAGUUGGCCGAUGCUUACGAAGAAGUGGAGGAGCAACGACAAGUCGUCGGACAGUGGAAGCGACGAGUUCAGAAACUGAACGGCGAGAUGCACGAUAUCAGAUUGCUGUUGGAGGAACAAACUGCUAGGAACAACCUCCUCGAGAAGAAGCAGCGCAAGUUUGAUUCGGAGACUCAAAAUCUGAUGAAUGACCUUAGACAAGAGAAAGCACAACGUGAAAGAUUAGCGAGGGAAAAAGAGAUCGCGAUCGCGGAAAAAUUCACAGUAGAGCAGAAUCUGAGCGACGCAAGAUUGGAAAUUGAGCUCAAGGAGGAAAGACUUCGUACAUUGACUCAAGAAUUAGAAGAACUAACUUUCGGCGGUAAAACGGAAGAGGAAGUUGCGCAACUGAAGAAAGCUAAACACGAGCUGGAGAAACGCGCGAAGGACCAAGAGGAAGAGUUGGAUGAUCUGGCUGGCCAAGUGCAGCUGCUCGAGCAAGCGAAACUCAGACUGGAGAUGAGUAUUGAACAGCAGCGCAAAGAAAUGCGUAAAGAAAUGCAACAACGUGACGAAGAGCUGGAGGACGUUCGUGGAAACGCGCACAAGAAGGUUAAAGCACUCGAGUCGCAGUUGGAAAACGAACACGAGGAAAGGACAAUUCUUUUAAGGGAAAAGCACGAAUUGGAGCGGCGUUUAGUAGCUCUAGAAGAACAAGAUCGAGCCGAUCGUGCGGCAGAAGCUGAGACCAUGCAAAGAUUGAAGAGAGACUUGAAGAGAACAAAGGCGUUACUGAGAGAUGCACAAACAAUGCUCGAAAGAUCCAAAGGUGAUUCGACGGGUAAAGCUGCGCUGCGUCAAUUGAAAAAUCAAUUGGAAGAUGCAGAGUGCGCUCGAGCAGUAGCGAUUAAAGCGAAACAAGCAUUGGAACAGGAGCUAAACGAAACGCAGGCAUCUUUGGAAGAAGCCAUGCGACAGCGUUCCGAGGCGGAGGAACGAGCCAAUGCGGCUAAUCGCGAACGUUCAGAAUUGUUGUCUCAGUUAGAAGAAAACGAGGAAGAGCUUGCUGAGGUCUUAAAGAAAUAUCGUGCUUCAGUGCAACAAGUCUCUGCGGAGCAAAGCCAAUUGCAAGAGGCACAAGUGCAAAUCGCCUCACUCGAAGCGGAGAAGUCGUCACUGAAGGACCAAUUAGCAGAACUAACGCAGAGAUUAGAAUCAGUGGAGCAACUCGGCGAUCCAACGGCAAACAGUCUUGCGACAAGACGCUUGGAGUUCCGUGCCAAAGAGCUUGAAAGUAAGCUCGAACUGGAACAGACUACGAGAGCACGUUUGGAGACGCAAAUAGCACGAUUGAAGGAAAGCGUUGACAAGUUACAAACGGAAUCAGCCUUACUCAGAACGAAGGAGCAGACCGCUCAGGAUGCGGCGAGACGGUUGCAACGUUCUUUACGCGAUUCACGCGACGAAGCUAGCGCUGCGAUAUCGCGAGAGCAGGAAGCCGUACGUGCUCGGCGUGACAUAGAAAAAUCUUUGGAAGCCGCGGAGGCUGAGACAAAGGUGGCUAGAGACGACCUCAGAUUGGCGCUUCAAAGGAUCGACGAUUUACAGAGUGCUAUUCAAGGGGAACUUGACUUGGACUGCAGCGAGGAAGCCACCAGCGAAAACAGUGACAGUGAUUGAUCCGAGCCAUCAUCGGACAUCGAGUCCGAUCAAAAUGAUGAAGGUACGACCGAAUCGGGAUCAAUGAAUCAGAUCGUAGAUGAACUUCCGCGCAUCCGAGACAUCGAAUAGAACGUGAACUCUGUAUAGCCGCCCCGUAUUUAACGUAUGACCGAAGAUGAAAGUGAUAAGACUAGAGUAACAGUCCGGAGAGAUGAAAGACUGCGAAAAUUACGAAGGGCGGCUAACUGCACGCGGUCACGAUAGAUUUUCCUUUUGUGCUACUUGAAUAACGCUACUGAAAGAGUUGGGCGUCCUUUCUUCAUUGUUGUAGGGAAUAAAGUCAUUUCGAAGGCGAAUGAAACUAGCGUAGAAGCUAGCGGUUGACGAAAUCAAACUUAUGAAAUAACGGGUCAUUAAGCUAAUUAAUUGCGUGGCCACUUUCUACGAGCGAUGAUAACUUUUUUUAGGUGCUAACUAUGUAUAAUUCCCUGAAAAUCUUGAUGUCGUGGCUAAUAUUUGUACGGCGCGUCUGGUCGUGCGUCCGCGGUGCUAUUAUCUUAUUCAUUUUUUUUAGAACGUCGAUGACAACGACGUCGUCCCUUUCCAGUCUUCCACAAGAAUUCGAGCCAUUUCUUCGCAAACGCGAAUGUGAAUGUUGAUGAGAAUUGCGCACAUUGUACUAUCGAACAAAAAUCGCAAUGUAGCAUCUUUGAUACGAGUAAAGAAAGAAACUUCAUAUCUUUUCGUUAGAAACUGUAAGUAGGAAUAUCGUAAUGCCUUGCGAAAUGACAAAUUGAAACUUUAUUCUCGGUUUUAAUACCGACGUUAAAUAAUUUAAAUUUUAGAUAUUCGUAUUUUUGUUCGACAGCACAUAUAUGCCGCAUGUAUAUUUUCUCACGUGGAAUUAGCUCGAGAACGAUCUUCUACAUAGGAAAAGGACCCAUUGCGCUUCUUAUCAUUGCGAUCCACUGCCUUCAGACUUAAUUACGUUUCAUAUUUGUAUAAUAAAACGGAAUGGAAAGAAAAGGAAAGCACGAUAGGGAGACAAGAAAUGCGUGCCACGACUCGAAUUGGGGCUUUGGUUUCGCGUGUAAGGAUUCUCGUGUAACUUAUUGCUUUGUAAAAUGCA